UUUAUUCCCAUGUGGUGUUGAAAAAUGGACGCGCACAUGAUUCUGUGAGUUUAUGAAAAUGUUUUUAUUUACUAAUUGCGUGCGUUGAGCGUCAAAAAUUGAAGGAAUUGUGAAAAAGCGCAGAGUGAAAAUGUCAGAUAUGCCUCCUUAUCUCGCGCUUAACGACGAUGAGGAAAACAGUGGGGAGCCCGAUAGUGAUUCCUCGGACUACGAAGAUGAACUGUCCCUGAGUUUCGAUAAACCGAGGCACCUGGAGCCCAUAAAGGGUGAAGAGCGCGAAGAACACUCGUGGAGAGUCAAGGAGAAGUACAAAACACACUGCGUCGCUUUGGUGCUGUGCCUCAAUGUGGGCGUCGAUCCCCCUGACGUGGUGAAGACACAACCCUGCGCCAGACUAGAGUGCUGGAUUGAUCCGAAUUCCAUGUCUCCGAGCAAGGCUAUAGAGAGCAUCGGCCACGCAUUACAGACACAGUACGAGCGCUGGCAACCGCGGGCACGCUACAAGCAGUCUUUGGACCCAACCAGUGAUGAGAUAAAGAAACUAUGCUGUUCUUUGCGUCGCAACGCUAAAGAAGAGCGUGUUUUGUUUCACUACAAUGGACACGGCGUUCCCAAGCCCACAUCACAGGGAGAGAUCUGGGUAUUUAACAGAGCGUACACGCAGUACAUCCCGCUGUCGAUGUACGACCUGCAGACGUGGAUGGGUGCGCCGUCCCUGUACGUGUACGACUGCUCCAACGCGGGCGUCAUCGUUGACAACUUCAAGCAGUUCGCCGAGCAGCACGAGAGGGACUACGAGAUGCAGGCGAGUUCGUCGGGUGGGAGCGGGGUGGGGGGUGGUCCGGGGGGCGCGCCGCCCGUGUCCUACCGCAACUGUAUCCAGCUGGCGGCGUGCGCGGCGGGCCAGAGCCUGCCCAUGUCUCCGGACCUACCGGCAGACCUGUUCACGGCGUGCCUCACGACGCCCGUCAAGAUGGCGGUCAAGUGGUUUGUGCUGAGGACGAGACUGCGCGUCGCGCGGGCCGACCUCGUCGAUCUUAUUGACAAGAUCCCCGGCCAGGUAACCGACCGUCGCACAAUGCUAGGCGAAUUGAAUUGGAUCUUCACAGCCAUCACGGACACCAUCGCAUGGAGCUCUCUCCCGUCUGAUCUAUUUCAGCAGUUGUUCCGAGCUGAUCUGCUGACGGCCAGCUUAUGUCGGAACUUUCUGCUUGCUGACAGGAUCAUGAGGUCGUACAACUGCACGCCGGUGUCGUCGCCCGCCCUGCCCUCGCUGGCGCGCCACCCGCUGUGGGCGGCGUGGGAGCACACGCUGGACCUGGCGCUGGCGCAGCUGCCGGCGCUCCUGCAGCACCCGCAGCACUACCGCCACUCGCCCUUCUUCCGCGACCAGCUCACCGCCUUCCGGCUGUGGCUGGACCUGGGCGCGCGCCAGCCGCCGCCCGACCAGCUGCCCAUGGUGCUGCAGGUGCUGCUGAGCACGCUGCACCGCGUGCGCGCGCUGCACAUCCUGUGCCGCUUCCUGGCGCUGGGCGCGUGGGCGGUGCGCGCCGUGCUCAACGUGGGCAUCUUCCCCUACAUGCUCAAGCUGCUGCAGGCCUCCGCGCACGACCUGCGCGCCUCCAUGGUCUAUAUUUGGGCCAAGAUCAUCGCUGUCGACCCCUCCUGUCAAGUAGACUUGGUGAAUGCAAAAGGUCACAAGUACUUCCUAUCGAUAUUGCAAGAUCCAUCUAUAGACACAGAACAUCGAACGCUAGCCGCCUUCGUGUUGGCUGGCAUCGUGGACAACUACCCUGCAGGUCAAGAGGCAGCACUGCAAGGCUCGAUGAUCUCGGCGUGCCUGGAGCAGCUGUGCGAGGGCGCGAGCUGGCGGCUGCAGCAGUGGGCGUGCAUCGGGCUGGGCCGGCUGUGGCGCGGCUGGGACGCGGCGCGCUGGGCCGGCGUGCGCGACCUGGCGCACGAGAAGCUGGGCGCGCUGCUGCCGCACCCGCGGCCCGAGGUGCGCGCCGCCUGCGCCUUCGCGCUCGCCACCUUCAUGGCGGCGGGCGCGGGCCCGGCGCGCACGGACCACGCCAACGCGCUGGACCAGCAGGUGGCCGUGCAGCUGGCGGCGCGCCUGCGCGUGGACGCGUCGCCGCUGGCGCGCGCCGAGCUGCUGGCCGCGCUGCAGUGGACCGUGCUGCUGUUCGAGCAGCACUUCCUGGCCGUGUGCGUGCGCGAGCGCGGGCGCCGCUGCGAGCCGGGCCGCGGCCGCGCGCCCGUGGACGCGGGCCAGGACGCGCUGGAGCCGGCCCGCGGCCAUAGAGUUAGCCCAUAACCCCCUCGGCCUGGCGCAGGGUUCAGCUCGGUGUACAUGAAGCUGUGGGGCACGCUGUGCGCCAUGGCGCGCGAACCACACCCGCAGCUGGCGCAGAUGGCGGCCGACAUCAUCGCCUACGUGUCCAAUCAGGUGGACAGCGUGGGUCGUGAGACGGAGCGUUACCCGCACUCGCACUCGGGCUCCAGCUCGCUACCGCCCUCGCCCAACACGCGUGCGCCCCACCACGACUCGCGCACGCUGCCGCACAUGGGUCACCGGCGCGGCAAGUCGGGGCUGCCGCACACCAUCUCCGAGGACUCCGUGGCGCACCGCGACCGCGAGCGGGACUCCACCUCGUCUGGUUCUAGUCAGUCGACGAAGAAGCCGAUAGUGUCGACCCAGUACGUGGAGUGGGCGACGGCGCAGUUCGCGCGCGGAGACGAGUCGGGCGGCGCGCCCUUCGCCUGCGCGGAGGAGGCGGCAGUGGGCGGGGCGGGGGGCGGGUUGGGGGGCGGGCCGCCCCCCGACUGCGAGAGCCGCGCCUCGCACGAGUGCGUGUGGCGCCGCGCGCGGAACCGCAGCAUACGGCGCGAGGCCAGGGCGCUGCGUACGGCGCACCCGCCGCGCCUGGAGACGGUGGCCUUCCACUCGCGCUGCCCGCUGCCGCCCGCCGUGGUGCUGUUCCACCCCUAUGAGCAGCACGCCGCCAUCGCCUCCAAGGAGAACUUCGGGAUCUGGGACUGGGGCACGGCAGCCAAGCUGUGCGUGGGGUCGUGGCGGCGCGCGUGGGGCCGCAUCACGUCGCUGGCCUACAUCAACGCGCACCAGCGCGCGCUGCUGGCCGUGGCCUCGCACCAGGGACACCUCGCCGUCUACAGGCCGUCGGGCAGUAGCAUGGAGCCUGCGCUGGUGUCGGCGUGGCGCGCGCUGGACGUGCGGCCCGCGCCCGACUACCGCCCGCCCUCCGCGCAGCCGCUCUACAGUCUGGCGCAGAUAGUGACGGAGCAGUUCGCGUCGGUCGACGAGCGUGGCAGCAAGGGCAUGCUGGCCGACCACAACCUGAGCAGCAGCGCGCCGCCGUCGGGCACGCUGGUGCGCUGGAGCGCGUCGCGGCGCUCGCUGGCGCUGGCGGGGCAGGCGGCCGCCGUGCGCCUGUGGGACGCGCACGCCGAGCUGCUGCAGCUGGACAUCCCCACCGAGUGCGAGGCGGCGGCGACGGCGCUGUGGCGCAGCGGGCGCGCGGCGCGCGUCAUGGCGGGCUUCGGGGACGGCUCGGUGCGCGCGUGGGACGAGCGCGCGCCGCGGGCCGCCGCCACGCUGCGCGCGCACGCCGCGCCCGUGCUGUGCGUGAGCGUGCGCGCCGACGCGCUGCUCACGGGCGCGGCGGACGGCGACGUGCGCGUGUACGACGCGCGCAAGACGGCGCGCCCGCUGCACGCCGUGCGCGCGCCCGGCCCGCUGGCCGCGCUCGACGUGCACCCGCGCGCGCCGCUCAUCGCCUGCGGCUCGGUGAACCAGUGCAUCAGCGUGUACGACCUGAAGGGCGGCGCGCUCAACACCAUCAAGUUCCACGAGGGCUUCAUGGGCGCGCGCAUCGGGCCCGUGCGCGCUGGGCGUGGGCUCGAAGGACUCUACGGUGUCGGUGUACGUGUCGGAGGCGCGCCGGUGACCCUCGCUGUACGGCCUGGCGCUACCCUUCGCGCAGUGACGGUACCAUCACACCUGUCUCGCAUACAUGUGGCUUUUUAUACAUUUCUAUGUGAAGAAGGUGGCAAACAAGCGUCGGCUUAG